AUGCGGUUUGCCGAGGAACGCGACUGCAGCAUUGAGGCACGAGUUCGCGUGCUGUUAUUCUCCACAAGCCACACCAUAGCGGUGAGCGCUGCCUUAUGUAUGAUAGUUCUGCUGUUCUCCUGGCUAUUGCCGGUGCUGAACUUGGCUAUCGGGAGCAGCAGCGCCGCCAUCGGGCUCGCGGUCUGCGUCUGCGUCCAUCUGACUUUUAUCCCGGCUUGCCUCGCGGUGGCGGAUAUGCGGCCCAUGGGUGCACCGGCCGAGCUCUGGCCGAUGUUGCUGCAAGGCGGGACGGCAGCACUCCACACCGACCGACCGCUCGAGCGAGCGGUUUUGGUUGCGCAUUGUCCGUUGCAUUCAGUCGAGGCCAACGGUCGUCACGGCCGCCGUUGUGACGAUCUGCAUGCCGCUGGUAUUGGCAGCGUGUGCGAUGCGACCCGUAUCAGACAACUACAUGCUGCUACCAUACGAUUUGCCCAGCUUGCAAGCGUUGCAUACGUUGGAAGAUUAUUUUCCUGGGGGCUUCAUCUGAGGGACAAGAAACCGUAUAUGCUGACCAUUCAUGCGCCACCCGACAAAUUGCUAGAUGCUUCGGGCUACCAUGCAGCAUCAGACUUACACAUGGAUCUGCGCGCCAUAAAGGACAUAAGUUACAUAAUGAGCCCUUACCAGUGGUUGAACAAUUCAAUCACUUGGGACAUGGUCACGACGUUGAAGACCUCUUACAACCCGCUGUAUUACAAUCGCAGGAAACACUACGACCAUUUGCUAGAGAUAACCUCGAAUGGCGACGUUGCGCUGGCGAUGGUGUACACGAAGUUCGCACCGCACGGGUACAGGGCGUCAGAGUGGGUUAUGCAGGUGCGGGCGGUUCUCAGCGCUUGGGAGUUGCGCCACAGGGGCUAUUCAGCUUUACUAGGCGGCGGGGCCUCCGAAGCCACUGAUGUCCGGUUGGCAGUGGAGGGAGCCAUGCCCCGGUACUAUUUUAGCGUCGUAUUCGGGAUUGCAUUGAUAAUGUUCGCCGCCUUCAGGAGCAUCGUAUUGCCGUUGCGAUUGGCGUUCGCUUUGAUGUUGAGUAUUGCCGUGACUUGGGGAGUCAGCGUGCUUGUUUUCCAGACCACUUUGUUGCACUGGGCCAUUCCCCACCUGCGGCACGUGGGCGGUAUCGAUAGCACGGUGGUGCCAUUGGCCACCGGCUGCGCCGCAGGCCUUGGGUUAGAUUACGACGUCUUCCUUGUUGGCCGCGUCAUCGAGUAUCGGCAGAAGGGCUUUACCAACGCCGAGGCUGUUGCGAGGGGGGUGUCGAAGACAGGCAGCAUGAUCUCGGGAGCUGGGGCGAUCAUGUCCUUAGCCUUCAGCGCGCUCUUCCUCUUCAAGAAGGUGCUGCUCCACCAGUUCGGGUGCAUCCUGGUCGUCUCGGUGCUGCUGGAUGCCUACCUCAUGCGGACCGUGCUGGUGCCCGCGCUCAUGCUCGCGGCCGGCGAGUGGAACUGGUGGCCCAGGGAGAUGCCCGAGCCCACGCGCGACGGCACCGCGGACGACUCCAGCGACGCGGGCUGCGAGCAGGCUCCGGAGGACGGUGGCGCACUGAGCGACCACAGCCGGGACAGCCAGGGCAGCAACGCCGCCCUGGUGCCCAAGCCCGAGGCGGGGCCCGUACCCUCCGUGGUCGGCCGCUCGGGCAGCGCUGCCCGGAGCCGCAGCGCCAAGAGCCCCGCGUGA